UCCGAGUCGGAAAUCUCUCAGUAAACACAACCCCAGACAAAAGUGGGGAGAAUAAAAAUCGAAUUUCGAGCAUAAUUUGGCGCGAAAUAUUGGACAGACAUGAACCGCAGGACACUAAUGAUGCAGGCCAUGAAGGAGAAUGUGAAGAAUAUGCGCGCGGAGCAGCAACUCCUCCGCCAGGAGAUUACAGACCGGGAGCAGCGCGCACAGAACGUGGAGCGCAUUUUUGAAUUGAACCGCCAGCUGGUGGACACCACAAACUACUUGAUCGAUACUCUGCGGCAAAUGCACGCGGAACCCUACCAUGAAGCUGUGGAGAUUCAGAUCCAGCUGGCCCUAGACGUGUGCGACAUUCUGACUGGCGAAAUGCCCAAUGGAUUGCCAGAUUGGCAGAUUCCCAUUCAAAAUGGAUUACUGGGAGAAGUUGAUCAGGGAGAACCUUCCAACAGUCCUCGUGGUGAACUAAUUGAAUUAGGAGCAGCACAGAUGGCUGUAGCUGAAGUUGAUUUUGCCAUUCAGAAUGGAUUGUUAGCUGAUCAGCUUGCAGAACCUUCUGUUGGUACUUCUGCCUCGCAUGUUGAUGGAACUGAGGGCGAACUUGACCAAUCACGUGGAGAAGCGAAGAACGAAGAGCGUCCCCAUAGUCCCCUUUGCUCACAAGUUCCUGCAGCUGCAGCUGAAGAGGGUUCACCUCAGAGCAGCCUUUGAUUUAACCUUUGAUUUGUCCAU